ACAUUUAAAAAUACUGCCCAUAAUUGUUUUUUGCUUAAGCCGUUCCAGAGAUAUAAAACUUCAAAGUUUACAAAGCCCAGACUGACUCCACCUGUAUUGUUCGUGCAAAAAGAUUUAAUGGUUGUGCUAAACUCUUGCUACUCUAAAUAUCUAUCCACUACCCUUUUAUUUUUAGUGCUACCCAGGAACAACGGCGUGGACGUAGGUUUCUGUUCCCUUUGGGGUACUUGAUUUAUGUGAGUCCCCUUGCCUCUUACAUCUAUGCAAUUUCUUAUUGCAAAUGAUCAAACAUACCUCCAUUUUGAUCGAUACAUUGUGUCACGCGUAAUCGAAAAUUAUUUUCGAUUCUCUGCAAUGUACCGUUAGCGAUAUCUCGGAAAGCGCGUUUAAUUCGUAAUUUUAUGUCUGCGAUAUUUGUAGGUUGUGUUGCGUACACUUUUUCUUUGACAUAAUCCGGAAAACAGGAAAACCCGAAUAACAGGAAAAAGUCCAUAAGUGUGAGAUCAGGAGAUCUUGAUGGCUACUUUUGGGUUUGACUACCUAUUCCAAUCCACCUUCUAUGGAAUUUUUCGUUGACGUAUAUGACGGUCAAGCGACUUCUAUGGACAGAAGCACCAUCUUGCUGCCACCACGUCCUAUGACAUAUGUGGAAAUUUACAUCUUCGAAGAGAUUUGGCAAUUCGUUUUGCAAGAAUUGCAGGAAGAAGACUGGCCCACAAGAAAAUAAGAUUCUGGUGACGUUGGCAGCAGUAGAACAAAAUCCCCACAUCUCGACAAGGAUGAUUCAAAACGAGCAUGGUCUCCCACAAAGCACGGUAAGUCAAAUAUUGAAAUUUGAGAAAUUCCACCCCUACUACAUUACUUUGACGCAGCAGCUCCAAGCUGGAGACUUUAACCAUAGGCUUCAAUUUUGCAACUGGGCUAGAAAUCAAUAUCGGACGAGUCUAUCUUUCUUUACGCACAUUCUGCUUAUAGAUGAAGCAAUAUUUAAUAACAGAGGACUGAACCGACACAACCAUCAUUAUUGGUAUAAUAACAAUCCACAAUGGUAGCGGAGCGUGGAGCACCAGCAUCAAUGGUCAAUCAAUAUUUGGGGUGGCAUUAUCGGAACCCAUGUAAUUGGACCUCACUAUUUCGAAGGUCAUUUAAAUAGGGAAACUUGCAAUCCCUGCAAAACGAAUUGCCAAACCUCCUCGAAGAUGUAAAUCUCCAUACGUUGUAGGAUGUGGUUGUAGCAAGAUGGUGCUUCUGCCCAUAGGAGUCGCUUGAUCGUGACAUACUUCAACGAAAAAUUCCAUAGAAGAUGGAUUGUGGAAUAGGUAGUCAAACCCAAAAGUGGCCACCAAGAUCUCCCGAUCUCACGCCUAUGGACUUUUUCUUGUUUUCCGAGUUAUGUCAAAGAAAAAGUGUACGCAACGCAAGCUACAAC